CUAUGGAGGAUGCUUUCCGCCCCGGGGGCCUCCUCUUCCUGCGCUCCUAUUGGCCCCCGUUGAGCCACUGCCGUGGUGACGUCAGGCCCCGCCGCCCCUGCAGCGCUGAAUGGACCUAGCAGCCUGUCUGAUUCACUCCAAAACAGCUCAGCACGGCACGGACAUCAUCCCGGGAAUAGAGACCGUACAGGGAUAGAGGCUUGGCGGGACAGCGAGGAGAGCUCAGCCUGCAGAGAGGAGAGAGGCCUCAACAUCAGCAUCAUCAUAUACUUUUUUUUCUCCAAAAGACAGGACGGGGAGUGCGCCCACCGUGUUGCGGGUGUAUGUGCGUGCGUUUGUCUCCCGGUUUGGAUCACGAUGAUGCAAAGUGCGGCGGUCCUACCGACAGAGAGUCCUGUAAAGAGUUUACCGGAGAUUCUCGGAGUGCCACUGCAACAGAUCCCUCAGUGUGCCGGCUGUAGUCAACACAUCCUGGACAAGUUCAUCCUGAAGGUGCUGGACAGACACUGGCACUCCAAGUGCCUCAAGUGCGCCGACUGUCAGACUCCGCUGGCGGACAAAUGCUUCUCCCGGGCAGGGAGCGUCUACUGCAAGGAGGAUUUCUUCAAGCGUUUUGGAACAAAAUGUGCAUCAUGCCAACAAGGGAUCCCUCCAACGCAGGUUGUGCGGAAGGCACAGGACUUUGUGUAUCACCUCCACUGCUUUGCCUGCGUCAUGUGCAGCCGACAACUGGCCACCGGGGACGAGUUUUACCUAAUGGAGGAUGGGAGGCUUGUGUGCAAGGUGGAUUAUGAGACUGCAAAACAAAAUGAUGAUUCAGAGGCGGGGACCAAGCGACCGAGGACCACCAUCACGGCCAAGCAGCUAGAGACCCUCAAAAGUGCCUACAAAAACUCGCCGAAGCCGGCACGCCACGUCAGAGAGCAGCUGUCCUCAGAGACGGGGCUGGACAUGAGAGUAGUUCAGGUGUGGUUCCAGAACCGGCGAGCAAAGGAAAAGCGUCUGAAGAAAGAUGCAGGUCGACAUCGCUGGACUCAGUUUUAUAAAAGUGUCAAACGCAGCCGAGGAGGAACUAAAGUGGAGAAGGAAAGCUCAGCCGACGACGCAGGACUCAGUGACAGUGAACUGAGCUUCAGAGACGACCAGGUACUGUCAGAUCUCGGCCACACCAACGGGCUUUACGGGAGUGUCGGUGACGUGACCAACAGUGCGGUGCUGAAUGGCGGCUUCUCUGUCGACGCGGCGGGACAACCCUACCACGACAUCCGAGCAGGGAGCCCCUAUGGUCUUCCUCAGUCGCCCUCUUCCAUUACCUCUCUGCCCGGCCACACCCCUCUCCUUAACAACUUGGGCUUCAGCAUGGACAGUCUGGUGGUGCAGGGCGGGCCGGGCGGCGUGGGACAGGCACUGAGGGCCAUGGCAGGGGGCCCAACUUCAGACCUAUCCACAGGCAGCAGUACAGGAUACCCUGACUUCCCCACCAGCCCCGCCUCAUGGCUGGACGAGAUGGACCAUUCCCAGUUUUGAAUCUAGAACACGGCGUUGUGAGUGUACGACAAAACAGACUUUCACAAGGCUUUAUACAUUUCUUUCUAUCACCCUCCAAGACUGGUAUGUUUUGUGGUUUUGGGGCGAAGAGGAGAAGAAAGUAAGAAGAAGUGUGACUCUCAGUCCCUCAGCAGUCAUAAUGGUGAGGUAACAACCGGGUCGAGCUGUGUAGUCGGAACAAAGUGUGACGAACACCUCCACACCACUGAAUGUUCAAUAUCAACACUGUAACAUACAAUUUUUGGUAUCACUUGACUUUAUUUUGUUCUUACACUCCAAGAAUGAGACUGAAUGUCGGUGGAAGGGAGGGUAAUAUUGUCUCCCAAAAUAAACCAUCCCUGUCUAACAGCUACAACAAUAGGGCUACAUUCUCGAUCAAAGUCCCACGAGACCCAGGAGGCACCUGCAUGCUUCUGAUUCAUAAUGAGUAGGACUGCUGUUGGGCCAUAUCAAAGCCUAUUACAUUGGCAAUGCACUUUACUCUCCUCUUCUUUUUCUACACAUAUGGAGAGGAAUGCAGAAAGAGGAAGAGAGAGAAAGAGGAGAGACAUAUGCACAAGGCAAAAACACAGUGUUUCAUUGGGAGAGAAAUUUACAAGAACAGUGGCACAAGUGUAAAUUUUGAACCAUGCUGAUGUUUUUUAAUGUAUUGCUGAAACUUAAAAGUUAUUAGGAAGUAGAUGGCGGUUGGUCUGUCUAACGUCCGUCUGUCCAUUGAAACUGACAUCUCCUCUGUUUGAAUGAGGGCAAACACUGUUUACUACACAGCAGGCCUCUCUUCUAUAUUUAUAAGUGCUUGACUUGUUCUUGUCUCUGUAAAAGCUGUCUGAGAACGGACGUCUGUCAGUAUUAAAUUAUCUGUUUCCAGACUCACCAGGCAUCCAAGCUUAUGUGUUGGAGGACAGUCAAGAAAACUAGGGUUUUGGAGAGAUUCUCUUAACCAUUCUAGUAAUAUAUCACACAUCUAAAUUAUUAAUUCAUUUCUUUGAAUGCACAGACGUAAGACGAGUAGAUAUCCAUUUAUAAGACAUGCAGAUUCUUUUGCAGAUAUUAGUGACCAAAUUAAGUGGUUAGGCAAAUACAAAAUAUUCAAAACACCAACAAGUAUUAGCAGGACCACAGAUAAAAAGUCCCUUUGUUUUGGCUCUUCUGUUUCCUCAGCCUGAUCCAGGCUUCUCUUCGGUAAUCUACUCAGUCCAGCAGAGCUCUAGCUUUGCCUGCUAUCAACCUACUUACUGACCCCAGAUGUGUUGUCAAUCUGUUCUCCCUCUGCCUGGCCUCCAUAUCAUAGGGAUUACCACAGAGCCCCCCACGAUCAGGGCUGAUACCCUACUGUCGCUUCAGUGCUGGCAUGACCGCUAGGCUGAUAUUUUUAUUACUGUACAGUUCAGGCCACAUCAGCUAAAUUCCCCCUUCUUCUAAAAGUUUGAUUUGACCUGUUGAGCAUGUCAAAACGAAGUUUUAAUCUGGGGGAAGGUUUGCUUAAAAUCACAUCCCUACUCUUAUUUCUGUUUUGUCAAUUGAAAAAAAGAAAUCAAUCUGUGUGGUCACCUUUUUGUGAAAAAAUGCCAAGUUCUUUUUUUACUAGAGCAUCCUGUUUAAGAGCCAGAAAGCAAAUCAACAAACAAAAAGUAAAUCGGCUAACACUUUGGAUUACAGCCCGCAAAUUUCAUCAUAAUUAUCUAGUAAAUACUUGGUAUUAAUGGGAUACUUACCGUAUGGCUAAACUGGCCUUAAAAUAUAAGUGCAGGGGAAGAUGACAAUAGUUUAGGAAUAUUUCAAUGACAUUAGUUGUGGUUUAUUUUAUUAAAAGAAAAGUUAAGAGUUUAAAAUAUGAAGUCUAGUGUACAUUAUUGUUUCAGGGGAACAAAACAUUAGUUUUUUAUAACAAGCUAAGUACCUACAGUAUAAUACAUUUGUAAUGUGUUAAUCCAAGUAUUCUCCCCUUGUACAUACCCGUAGAUACCCACCAGGUGUUUCAUUUUUACUUCAUCUGUACAAAUUAUUUUCAGUGUAAUUUGCGGGCUACAAUCUAAAGUGUGUAGUUAAAAUCAUACACAAACACAUUACUACUACAGUUUUGUCUAUUCUGUGUUGCCUCAGAAGUUUGCAUCGUAAUUGUUGUAAAUUUUGUACAGUUUGAAAACGUGUUGAUCGUCUUGUUUCAUGAACGCUAUUUAUUAUUGCCAUGUGUCUUUGAAAAAGAUGUAAAAGAGAGCACUGAAUUUAUUCAUUUAUGCCUUCUGUGUAAUGGUAUGAACCGUGUACAGUCAAAUCUAUACGAGGAAAAUAAAGCUGAAUUGUCUUUGGGUUA